AGGAGGAAAAAAGUAAAAUCUUACGGAAAGGCCACGGUUUCAGACCUAAAAAACAUGACCCUGGAAAAAACACACAUCACACAAAUAGUUUAUUAUUAGUUUAUCAUCAUCGUCUCCAAUUCUUUCUCUACUUCUUCUUCUCCAUCGUCAACUAACCUUACCUCCAACUCUCAAUCCCCUUUCUCAAUGUCUGAAUCCACCCUCAUCGACGACGAUGACCCCGAAUUCUUCGACGCCCUCGAAGAUUUCACCUUCUCCGAUCCCUCAGACUCUCAAAACUCCACUUCAGUACACAAACUCAACAGCAACAAUCCCAAUUCUGUUUCAAACCCACCUGAACCGUCAUCAGUUCCGUUCUCCGCCGGCCUCCGUCGCCGGCGACACAGUUCGAAAGAAUUCCGUUUCAAAAACAGUUCCGAUGUUUUAGCGGAUGCUAAGCUUCAUGCUCCUCCAGCGAAAGGUUACAAGUUUUUGUUGAAUUUGAAGGAUAAACCGUUAAAGAAAGACACUGAUAUGAAGUCACUGUUAGUUAAAGAAACCGAUAUGUAUUCCCUGUUAAAGAAAGAUAUUGAUAUGAAUUCGCUGAAUUCUUCUAGCGCGUUGACUGAAGGUGAAAUCGUUAAUGAUGAUCGGUCUGCUACAGUUGAUUCGGUUAAUUCGGUUAAUUCGAAUUUAGUUUUCACUUUGAUUUGGUUAAUAAUGAAAGUGAUUUCUAUGAAAGCAAGUUUGUUAGUUAAGGUUGUUACGUUUCUGGUAUGGUUAACACAUGCAUCUUGCAUGUUUGUUACUAAUCCGUUUGCGGUUAUAGCACGCGCAAAGCGUCACACGAUAAGAAGCGUUUUAAGGUUGUUAAGGUCCUGUUUGGGUGAAGUGAAGCGGAUUGUGUACAAGUUGAUUACAGGAAAUAAAUCUGUUGGGAAAUUGUGUAUGCAAAUUGGUUGGGGAUUGUUGUGUGCAGCUUUUGUUGGUUUCGUUUUGUUUUGUUUGUUGGUUUUUGCGUUUGUUGUUGGUGGCGUGGUGAUGAAAUGUGUUGUGGAGGCGCCUGUGAGUAAGAUUGCGCGUUUGAAUUUUGAUUAUAUGAGAGAUGCUCCAAUGGCUUUUGUGCCUAUAAUGUCUUGUUUUGGGCGUGAUUGUGGGUGUGAUGAAAAGAUUGAGUUUGAUAAUGUUGGUAUGUCGAGAGUAGUCCCGCUUGAUCGUAAGUUGCAGGCGACCGUCUCGUUAACCUUGCCUGAAUCGGGUUACAACAGAAAUCUUGGCAAUUUUCAGGUGAGGGUAGACUAUCUCUCAAGCAAUGGCAAGCCCCUUUCAAGCGCAACUCAACCAUGUACGAUGCGAUUCAAAAGCUGGCCCAUCCGCCUUUUGAUGACGGUUUUUAACCUGGUCCCGCUAAUCACUGGCUACUCAUCAGAAUCCCAAACCGUGGACAUCAAGUUUAACGGAUACACAGAGCAGGAAAUUCCAACUUCUUGCGUGAGAGUGGUGCUAGAACCGCGAGCAGAGUUUGCAAAGGGUGGCGGUGUUCCUGAAAUUUACACGGCUCGUUUAAAACUCGAGUCACAGCUUCCACUUUUGAAGCGGGUUCUGUGGUCGUGGAAAGCAACCGUGUUUGUUUGGACUAGUAUCGCGAUAUUUAAAUUUGUUUUAGUUUUCGUGUUAUUAUGUUGUGCUCCAUGGCUGCGGUUAAGUGGUGGCCCGCCUUUGAAUAAUACUGGUUCAAGUUAGUAAUCCUGGAAUAAGCUUGUUUGCAGUCAUACGGUGAUCAAAGACGUGAAUCCAAAACGACGGCAACUUCAUGAAGGUUUGGUGACCGAGGGUUGACCUUUAGACGUAUGUGAUCGUAUAAUUAGUAUGGUAUAUGCACAUAUACAUAUGGUAUUGAUGUAUGUUACCUGUAUAUGUCUUGUUAAUGGGCAGUUAUUUUUGGUAUUCCUAUAAUAAAUAUUAAUAACAUAACUAUUUAAAACUGUA